UGACUCAGGGUUGUCAUGUGACCUUUGCAGGCAGACUAGAUCCCACUGAGGACUGUGGGGACAGCAAUCAGCCCGGUGCUCGUCUGUCCCCGGUUUGUUUGCCCCAUUGCACACGUCCAGCAUGGCUUGGACUAAAUACCAGCUGUUCCUCGCGGGACUUAUGCUCACAACUGGCUCUCUCAACACAUUAUCCGCAAAAUGGGCCGACAUGUUCUCAGCGAAGGGUUGCCGCGAUGACCCUGAACAUCCAUUUACUCACCCGUUUGUACAGGCCGUGGGUAUGUUUCUGGGAGAGCUCAGCUGUAUUGCCGUCUUCUACAUCUUACUCUGCCACGACAGACGAAGACCCGAGCCCAAGAUGAACGCCGGCCCGAGCUUCAACCCUCUCCUCUUCUUCCCUCCCGCCAUGUGUGACAUGACGGCCACCUCCCUCAUGUAUGUUGCUCUCAACAUGACCAGCGCCUCCAGCUUCCAGAUGCUGCGCGGAGCUGUCAUCAUCUUCACCGGUCUGCUGUCUGUGGCGUUCCUGGGGCGACGCCUGGUGACCAGCCAGUGGGUUGGCAUCUUCACCACCAUCCUGGGACUGUUGAUCGUGGGCCUCUCAGACUUCUUCAGCGGGCACCAAGACGACACGCACAAACUCAGCGACAUCAUCACAGGAGACCUUCUGAUCAUCAUGGCUCAGAUCAUUGUUUCAGUGCAGAUGGUCCUGGAGGAGAAGUUUGUCUACAAACAUGAUGUCCAUCCUCUUCGGGCCGUUGGUACUGAAGGUUUCUUUGGGUUCGUGGUCCUGUCGCUGCUUCUCAUCCCGAUGUAUUUCAUCCAUGUCGGCGAAUUCAGCGGCAACCCUCGGCAGGUCCUGGAGGACGCGCUGGACGCCUUCUGUCAGAUCGGGCACGAGCCCCUCAUCAUGCUGGCCCUGCUGGGCAACACAGUCAGCAUCGCCUUCUUCAACUUUGCCGGGAUCAGCGUCACUAAAGAGAUCAGCGCCACCACCCGCAUGGUGCUGGACAGCCUGCGUACGCUGGUCAUCUGGGCCGUGAGCCUGGCGCUGGGCUGGGAGAAGUUUCAGGGCCUGCAGGUUCUGGGCUUCCUGGUGCUGCUGGUGGGUACGGCGCUCUACAACGGACUGCACCGCCCCCUGCUGGCCAGGAUACCGUGCUGCUCCAGGAUGGUGAACACAGAGGAGGAGGAGGAGGAGGGCCCGGAAGAAAGGGAGAGGUUGCUAGGUGACGGCAGGGUGCAGAACAGUGACGAGGGCUAAAACCCUGAGUAGUCCCGGUCUACUGGACUGUCUGUCAAAGACAUGCACCUUUUAUGUAGUCUCUUUUUUUUUUUAAAUAUGGUUCUUGUUCACACCUCAGAUUUUAACUGACCUCACUCAAUGUUAUACUAUGUGGGAAUGGGCUAGCUCUUUUAAAGGAAUAGUUUGCCACAUGAGUAUUAUUCAUUUUGCUCUCCCAGUCAAGAAAACAAAAAAGUUCCAGAAUUGUUCAACUGUUUCUUCAGAUUAACAGAGGCCAGUCUCAAAGACCUUUUGUAUUACAGUAUAGAUUUUUAUAAUUAAUUCAAGUAAGAUAUGGAUAACAAAACAACAACAUAAUCAUUGAUAAUAGCCAGUAUCAACAUUUGCUCACAUAUUUUAUAUCCUUAAAACAAUGCAGGAUAACCACCGCUCCACCUGGCUUGGACUUCACUAAGGUGAUGGAGGUAUCAGGAAGUUCAAACUAUCGCACUCUUAGAUCUAUGCAGAAUACAUAUAUCCAAGUGUGUGGAUAUCUCUUCUAUCAGUUUAUCCUUUAAAA